AAAUGGCCCCCACCACAGAGGCUCGAGCUCCAGCAGCAGCGGCUCCAGCGCCUUAGCUACAUCUCCAACUCCGGGUUCUGCACAGAUAUCUGAGAGAGACAGAGAGAGAGAGAGAGAUAAAGAGAGAAGGAUAAAGAGAGCCCCCGGAGGAAGAGGAGGAAUACUGGAAUAUUUCUUUAGUCGGUUGGAGUUUGUUUUACGAACUAGCGUGUCAGCUAAGCUAAGCUAAGCUACAUGUUUACUUGGCCGGCUAGCUCGUAACGUUAGCUCUUUCUGAACAUUUCCCCCCCUUUUGCUAAAUGUUAGCUAGCUCGUGCGGCGGUUAAGUUACUUUAGCUAGCGUAAAGCUAGUCUUCUCGGCAAGUUCCCCCCUUCUUCUUCUUCCUCUUCUUCUUCUUCUUCUUCUUCUCCUUCUCUUUCUCUUUCCUCAAAUGGCCGACCCGAGGAAAGUGCCCUUCGUGACUCUGGCUUCCUAUAACACCUCCUCGACGCCGGUGCCGGAGUCCAAGAAGCGGCGGAGGGAGGAAGAGGGCGAGGGCGGUCUCCAGCACCACGGGAGGGACGGAGGGCCGUUCAGUAACGGGAAGAGCUCCGGGGAUGAUCCCGCCGAGUCCAAAUCCACCGUGAGGCUCAGUCUGUGCCUGUCCGAGCCCAGUGACAAAGGAUCCACGGAGUUCAGCUACACCGAGCUGAUCCAUCAGGUGAGGAAAGCUCCCGAAGGACUCGCGCCGGCUCUGGACCCAAACGACCCGUUUGCCGAUCAGGACCGACAGAGACGAGAGGUCGAAGCCCUGGCCAGGAAGUUUGAGAGUAAAUAUGGCGGCACAGCGAAGAAGAAAAAGAAAGAUCGGAUGCAGGACCUCAUCGACAUCGGAUACGGCUACGAUGAGACGGAUCCGUUCAUCGACAACUCCGAGGCUUACGACGAGCUGGUUCCUGCCUCCCUCACCACCAAACUGGGAGGCUUCUACAUCAACACGGGCACGCUGCAGUUCAGACCUGCGUCCGAGAGCGAGGACGAGGACGGGAGCAAGGGCGGAAACCACUUCAAGAAGCUGAAGGAUGGAGAGGAGCGAGCGAUCAAGAGAAGAAAGAAAAAAGACGGUACCUUGGAGGAGAAGAAACCCAGAAAGAAUCGAGUGUCGAAGCAGGGCGUGUCUGCUCUGAACCGACCUGAGAAGAAGAAGAGGAAGAAGCUGAUGAAGGACUCUAUCGCUCUGGCGGCCAUGAUCCGCGGCUUCUCACGCGAGAAAGAGGAGAUGAGGAAAAAGAACCCUGUUGCCGCUGCUGCUCCCGCCGCCGUUGCCACUUCCACCGCUGCCGUUGCCACCGGCACCGCCACGGGUCUCAAGCCCCCGAAUGCCAACCGCACCGUCCUCAAUUCGCACUCCGUCGCCUCCGGCAACGACCUCGCCGACCUCACCAACGACCCGGCCGUCAUUCCGCUGCUGGGUCCGGCUAACGACGACAUGCUGCAGGACCUGAUGGACGAGCUGGACUUCUCGCUGCUGGAUGCUCCUGAGCUGUCGGGCCUGGAGGGUCAGGGCGAGAACGGUAACGCCGCCGUGCAGAGAGGACCAGGAGCCGCCUCAACAGGACGCGUCCAGAGGACCGGUCUCAUCCCCCCUCCUCCACUGCCCAGCGGCCUUCCCGCCCCCCUCGCCAAACGCAUCGAGGACCUGCGAGUGGCGUCUCGGCAGUUUGACAUGGAGGGGAGGAAGAAGUUUUUCACACUGGACAUGAACAACAUCCUGCUUGACAUCGAGCUGCAGGUGCAGGAGCAGCCGGCUGACGUGCGCACGGCCGUGUACUCUCACCUGGAGGCCUUCGUGCCGUGUAAUAAGGAGGCCCUGCUGAAGCGUCUGAAGAAGCUGAGCCUGAACGUGCAGGACGACAGGCUGAGGAACCCGCUGCUCAAACUCAAGCUGGCCGUCUGCAGCGCCAUGCCCGAGCAGAUCGCCCGCUACAACAUGGACUGUCUGGCCAAAGUGGCAAAGCAGCAGUCGGAGGAGGGCGAGAAGAAUGGCUCGGAGGAGGAGGACGAGGAGAGGCCGGGGAAACGGGUGAUGGGACCCCGCAAGAAAUUUGUGUGGGACGAUAAACUCAGGACUCUGCUGUGUAAUCUGGUCCGAGCGAAGCUGGGCUGUUACGAGGCUGAGGGUCAGACCUCUCCCUCUCCUGAAGACUACCUCAAAGCCUUUAUGGAGACUGAGGUGAAACCCCUCUGGCCCAAAGGCUGGAUGCAGGCCAGGAUGUUGAUUAAAGAGAGCCGCGUGGCACAUGGCCACCUCACAGGAAACACAGUGAAGAAGACUCCCAAAGCUAAACCAAAAUCUCAGGAUGGCGUUUGGCUCCAGCAGUCGACUACGCCCAUUACCACACCCUCUAGCCUGGUGCCCCUCCCUCAGCGGCCCCCCUCCCCCUCUGAGCCCAUCUGUCUGUCGGACUCUCUGGAUGAGGAUUUGGGCGGAGCCCCGUCUCUGGACGCCAUUUCGCAGGCGCUGGCUCUGCUCAGCAGCGCCGCCAAGGGGUUAAUCCAGUCCAACAGCCCGCCCUCCCCUGAGACUGUUAAGACUGUUAACUCGGGCACCACACUCGGUCCCGCCUCCUCAAUCAGCUCCUCUACCCCUGUGCUUCCUAGAAAGAGCACCAUCAAUACCACUGCGUCCGCUUCCCCGGCCACCGCUGGCCCCGUUUUCGUCUCCUCUGCCUCAUCCUCUAGCUCUUCUCCCUCUCCGGCUAUCUCUCGCACUCCGUCCGUGUCCGUUUCUCCCUCCAUCCGGAGCGACGGAAUGGGAGGAGCCAAGGUUGGAGUGGUCGGCUUGACUCAGGUGCAGAGACACGGUCUGGCGGCGCUGCAGCGACCCGUCGCUACGACUGCUGCAGGCAACAGCAACAAGACCAGUGCAACGUCUCCACCUAAACCGAGGCCGCCGCCCACUGCCUCGCCCCUUAUCCCGCCGCACAAGAGCUUAAAUUCUCCUAUGGCCACGCCCCAAGGCCUCCAUAAACCCGGCAAUAAUAGCAGUACCAUUAGUCGAAUCAGCGCGGGUGGCACGACGACGCCGUCGUCUCAGUCUCACUCGACGUCGCUGCCCAUAUCUUCCUCUUCGUUUUCUUCAUCCGCUUCCUCGUCCUCUGCUUCUUCGCACCUCAACGCCAAAACGCAGCCCAAAAUCUCCUCCUCCCCAUCUCCGUCUCCGUCACAGCCCAAACCGCAGCAGCAUCAGCACCAACAGCAGUCCACGUUCGUCACGCCCAUGCAGGCCACGCUCACCAAAUCGCCCCACAGCUCCAACUCGCCCAUCCUCAAGCUUACGCCGCGGGUGACGCCGGUCAGCUCCCCCUCACCCUCCCUCUCCAGGGCACCCACGUUACCCAACAUGCAUCAGUUCUCUCCUAAAACCGCAGGCUUCCACGCAGGGUUCGCCGGUGUCGGCGCCGGUUACAGCACUCCCGUGGGGCAGCAGAAAACUCCCUCUCAGGUGAACAGCAGCAGCCUAACGAGCACUUCCACCCCCAUCACCAAGCACACCACCACCUCAGCCGGCUCGGCCAAUCACGGGCCGCGGCAGAGGCCGGCAGGUGUGACUAAUCAGGUGACAAAGCCAAUGUUGACUGUUUCCUCAGCGACGGCCCCUCAGCUAGCACAGGUGUCCUCGUCCAGCGCCAGCCUGCUGGGUCCCGGCGCUCCGAACCUACCGCUGAACUUCGGAAUGCUGGGAGGGAUCACUCCCGUCUCGCUGCCCUUCGCCUUCCCCAGCCUGCUCAACCUGCCCACUGUGACAGGAACUAGCGCUGGAGCUAACACUGCUAACCAGAGCAGCUCAGGAUACAGCCUACAGCCCAAUCUGUUAAAGGGUCUCAUGUCAGGUGCUGCUCUGCCUCCGCACUUGCAGCUCGCUUUCUCAGAUGUCAAUCAAAGUCAGAGCGGGGAUCUAAAGAGGAAGCUGUGAUGACACUCGGACGCCGCCGGACUGCGAUGUCGCACUGAAUUACGGUCGACACACGGACUGCAGGUUUAACCGAUAACAACGAACGGCUCUUUACCCGUUUUCUGGGGGGUUUGUUUUUGAUUUAUAGUUAUUUUUUUUGGUAAUUGAAUAUAAUUAAUAACAUCCCUGGCCUGGAUGCUUUCUCUCCUUGUUUUGCUAAUGUUUACACACACAGACCUUAAUUGCUGUGGACAGGGAGGGAAAAAUGUUAAUGUGUGUAUGCGGAUGUGGAUGUGCGCGCACACACACACACACACACACACACACACACUCUGAGUGGAAUAUGAACUCUGUAGACUCGGAGAACGAACAGAACAGACGGAUGGAUGAACUGAUCCCUCCCUUUCUCAGGUGUAGGUCCAUGUCUCUGGUGCUGUUCCAGGUGGAGUUGUUUAUUAUUAUUAUUAUUAUUAUUAUUAUUAUUA